AUGGCGGAGGAGGUCACUAACACCGUGGUUGGGAAAAUAGUGGACUUGUUGUUUAGUGCGGCUAAAUGGGAGAUUGAUUACGUCCGAAAUUGCACUAAAAAUGUUGACAUGUUGAGGAAUGAAGCUCAAAAGCUCAAGGAUAUGACGGAUAGGAUUCAACAACGAAUCCAUGCAGCUAAAGAAAAUGGAGAUGUUCUCUUAGUUGGUGUGCAGAACUGGAUGGACAUGGCAAACAUUGAAAUAUCCAAGGCGGAAGAGUUUCUUGAAGAAGAAGCCAAUGCCAAGAAGACGUGCUUCAACUUACAACCUUGUGUCAAUUUGAGCACCCUCCACCAUUACAGUAAGAUGGCGAUAAACUAUACCCCUUUUCUUUUGCAGCAUCAAGAAGAUGGUCAAACUUAUGAAUCUUGUGUCUCCAUUCUCACUCGCACCCCAAUAUUGGUAGAUCUCUACCAAACAAAGAAUCUUGAUGAUAUUGAUACCCACAAGUUGGCGUUGAGGGAAAUCAUCGAAGACGUUGAAAAGAUUAAUAAGAAUGUUGAAGUAGCUGCAAAGCGGAUAAUGAUUAAUGAGGAGAAGGUUCUAAUCAUUUUAGAUGACAUAUGGGAACAACUGGUCCUAUCUGAUCUAGGCAUACCAUGUGGGAAUGAGCACAUGAAUUGCAAGAUUUUGUUGACUUCUAGAAGAAUGGAUGUAUGUGAAGGGAUGAACGUCGAUAGGAAUAUCUGUGUAAAUGCUUUAAAGAAGAAAGAAGCGUGGGUGCUCUUCAAACGUAUAGUUGGUGAUGAGAAGUUAGCGAAUGACACUAGUAUGGAGAAAAUUGCAAAAGAAGUGACUAAAGAAUGUGGUGGAUUGUCCCUCAUCAUUCGAGCGGUGGGAAAUGAUUUAAAAAAUAAAUCAAUUCAUGUAUGGGAGGCAACACUUGACCGACUACGAAACCAUGCCCCACUAGAGAUCCAUCAAGAGAUAAGGAAAACAUUUACUCAUUUGAAGCUGAGCUAUGACUUGCUUGGCAGUAAAGAAGCUAAAUCAUGCUUCUUAUUGUGUAGUUUGUUCAGUGAAGAUGAAAUCAUAGAUACUUUAUGUUUAGCAGAAUAUGGGGUGGGUCUGCGGAUAUUUGAUAAUCUGUGUAGCAUUAACGAUGCCAGAAAAAGAAUCCAGAUGGCAGUUGACACACUCACAUCUUCUUCCGUGUUAUUGUCCGAGGGAAACAAAGUAAAAAUGCACGAUGUUGUUCGUGAUGUGGCUUUGUUAAUAACUUCGUCUUCUGAUGGUGAAGAGAAGGAGAAGUUUUUAGUGGAGGCUGGAAAUAAAGAUACGACAGAAUGGCAACCAAGAAACAGAACCUCAGAAAGCUACACCAAGAUCUCACUCAUGGAUAAUAGAAUUCGUAAGCUUCCCGAUCAUGAGCUUCAUUUCCCACUCCUUGAUACUUUCCUUAUACGAUACAAUCUUCUUUCAAUUAUUCCUGAUGAAUUCUUUCGAGGCAUGAAAGAAGUUAAAGUUUUAGAUAUGUCUCAUAAUAAAAUCAGAUCCCUCCAACAAUCACUGAAGCUGCUCACAAAACUCAUCACGCUUGAUCUAAGUUUAAAUAGAUCUCUCAAAGAAAUUUGUAUAGUUGGGGAGCUAAAAUUGUUGGAUUAA